UUCGUCUUUCCCAAAGCAAAGGCUGACACCGGAGAGGUCGGGUCCUUCCAUCCUUGCUGCCGAGUGCCACUGAAAUUGCCGGGAUGUCGUCGGCGAACAUGACUGCAGCCGAAGUCUUUCUGCGCCGCGACCCGCGCACCCUUGGUUGGGCAUUAGUCGGCAGCAAGCAGUUUCUGGCCACGCUGCUGCUCAGCUAUGUAUACAUUGUCAAGAUUGGUGGGCCACGCUUCAUGAAAAGUCGCAAGGCCUUCGACAACCUGAAGCCAGUCAUUAUGCUCUACAAUGCUUCAAUGGUCUUCAUGAACGCCUACUUCGUGGUCAACUUUUUGACCAGAUCCUACUUCGGCGGCGGCUACAACAUAAUAUGCCAAGGCAUCAACUAUGAAGCUCGAGACCAGAUUACGCUGGAAUUCCUGGAACUGUGCUGGUGGUACCUCUGGGUGCGGGUCGCCGACUUCCUGGACACCAUCUUCUUCGUGCUCCGCAAGAAGGACUCUCAUGUGUCUUUCCUUCACGUCAUCCAUCACGUCUUGGUCGUGUUUAACGGGUGGUUCGGACUAGCGUACGGCGCGGACGGGCAGGUAGCACUCGGAUUGGCCCUCAACAGCUUCGUCCAUGUCGUGAUGUACUCGUAUUACUUCCUUUCACUGCUGGGACCGUCAGCCCGACCUUACCUUUGGUGGAAGCGGUACCUCACGCAAUUUCAGCUGGUUCAGUUUGUAAUUAUGUUCAUUCAUUGCAUGAUCCCCGUAAUCAAGGAAUGUAACUAUCCGAAAACGCACUCGUUAAUCACUAUACCACAGGCCUUAUUUUUCUUUGGUUUGUUCAUUCGCUUCUACUUUAAGUCCUACAGCCGAACCUCUAGUCAGCAGCGUGAUACCAAGGAGAAAGAUCAGUGAUACCUUGCGCUGGACUCGGUUGGCAAAACGUACACGAGAGCGAUUGCUUAACUUUCAGAGGCGCUCAGCAACGUUAGUGAGAGUUCUGUAUUGCAAAGCACGCGCUUUAUUUGCUGCACCUCGAAGCGAUGUAAUCGCAUCAAGGCGCAGCCUCUAGAUGUGUCCGUUUUUUCUGUUGUUUCUUUUUGCGGCACGCUUUGAAACGUACGAGGUCGUAUGCUACCAGGUACAUCGAUAAGCAAGCGAUCUCAGGGAUUACACUUUGAUGUAGAUGAUCUGCAGUUGACAAGAUUUAUGCCGGACCAAAGUUGCCCAUUGCCACCUGUCUUACUCUUCUGUUGCGUAGAAAGCGGGAUUUUGAAGGCGGUGUUCUGUUUGGGGUGGUAGGAUUGUGAUGGUUGUGUUUUAUUCACUAGAUUCAGUCAAUAGUUUGUUGCCAUAAAAGUGAAUGCUUGUAAGAUAGUCAAAAAGCGGUAGGCAUAAUCAUACACCAGUGCGAGCAGGCUCCUCUGGAUGCUGCUUGUUUAAUGCCAGCGUAUACUGAACAGGUUCCACGAAUGACUUGAAUGAAAUGACCGGUAAUUGUUCUUCAACAAAACAAAUGUUAGAUGGUUUUGUUGUUCUUGUUUUAAACGGGGAGUGUGCUAGUUAGUUAAUAGUUACUGUUGCUGUUCAUGUUCGUGCCCCAUUUUUGUUACUGCAGUCAUACUGAUGACCUUGCAUUGUAAAUAAAAGUGUUUAUCUUUUCUA